AAUAAUACUAACCUAACUCACCUCUUUUCUCCUGACGACAACAGUUCCAAUCUGUCUGUCACCACUCACCCACACACACACAUUCGCUACCCCACCUAACUGAAUCCAUUCUCUUUUAUUUACCUGUCAAACACAAUGGGCGCCGAAAACAAAUACUCGGUCAUCCUGCCGACCUACAACGAGCGCAGGAACCUCCCUAUCAUCGUCUGGCUCCUGGAGCGGACCUUUCGCGAGAACAACCUAGACUGGGAAAUCAUCAUCGUCGACGACGGCAGCCCCGACGGCACUCUCGAGAUCGCCAAACAACUCCAAAAGCACUACGGCGCGAACCACAUCCUCCUACACCCACGAGCAGGCAAACUCGGUCUAGGAACGGCCUACAUCCACGGCCUCCAAUUCACGACCGGCAACUACGUCAUCAUCAUGGACGCCGACUUCAGCCACCACCCGAAAUUCAUCCCGGAGAUGAUCCGCAUCCAGAAGCUGGGGGACGCAGAUAUCGUGACGGGCACACGGUACGCGAGCCGCGAUGGCAUCAAGGGUGGUGUGUACGGAUGGGAUUUGUUUAGGAAGUUUACUUCUCGCACGGCGAAUCUUAUUGCGGAUGUGAUGUUGAUGCCUGGGGUGAGUGAUUUGACGGGAAGUUUUCGGUUGUAUAAGAAGAGUGUGCUGGAGAAGGUUAUUCAUAGUACGCAGAGUAAGGGGUAUAGUUUUCAGAUGGAGAUGAUGGUCCGCGCGAAGGCGAUGGGGUUCAGGGUUGCUGAAUGUCCGAUUACGUUUGUGGAUAGGUUGUAUGGGGAGAGUAAGUUGGGGGGAAGUGAGAUUGUGGAGUAUUUGAAGGGGGUGGUGACGCUUUGGUUGAAGGUUUAGGGGGGUUACCUAUCAAGAGGAUGGGGUGCUGGUGUGGGUGGUGGUUUCUUUUAUACCCUCUUUUUUUAUUCUUUCUAGCUUGAGUGCUCUGUAUAGUAUUUACUGGGUUCAAUGUGUGUUUGUCUGCUGUCUAUCUAUACGACUUAUAGGUAGUGUUGUAUGGUUUAGAG